AUGAGCGAAAGAGGCUAUGACAGUGAUGCACAGUUCAUUUCCACUCCGAUUCAGAAUGCGGACAAUGUAAAGGCUGCGGCCAGUAUUGGUCGUAAGGGUGUACUUCCUGCGCAACCCUACCGCAACGAAGGGAACAGUUCCUUGGCAAAGGACGACAAGUGUCCGGUUUAUCAGCACACAGAAGUGUCAUUCAGCUCACCAGAGCAUGACGGCUGGAGUCCGCAGGCAAUUCAUGGCUUUUUCAUAUCCCACGAACCCAAUGUCCAAAGUCCUAAAGCCAGAGGGGGUCCUCAUCCUUCCGUGAGCCUUAACAAUGGAGCUUCUUCCGGCGAGAACAAUGCGAACUGCGGCCUUGUCCCAAUUGCUUCGUCUUCAGCAACAUCCCUGAACAUCUUCGAAGACAAGGACAUCAUCCCUCCUAUCCUCCAAGAACAGCCAGGGUCUACUGGUCGUGGCUCUAAUACCCCACUCCAUACUUUGGAUCUGGUCAGGCCGUCAACCGAGCGCUCUUCAGAACUUCUUAUCACGAAAAGAAGACAACGACAUCAAGAAUCGACAGGCGAAGACCAGUCGAUCCACCUCGCGGAUUUGGACAUCUCCAAGAUGCUUGCGUCUGCGUCAAAUUCUCCUGUGAUCCUAUCACCCAGUCAAUCAAGCUACGAAAACCCACACGGCAGCACCUCCGGUACUUGGGCCCCGCAAUACCAAGGCGGUCGCUUUGGUAGUCCCGCUAGGAUAUUGACACCGGUCUGGGACGGAGGAGUAUUAAAGCUGGGGGUGCAAGAUGCGAGGCAAGCGUCUUCAUGCUACUCUCCCAGGACUAGCUCUGCGUCCGCGGACGUUCCAGCGAAUCUUGAAAAGACAAAUAUGAAUCAAAUCAAGAGAGAAAUCAGCUGUAGCAGGACACCUUUCGCUGCUCUUUCCCCUAAUGCUUCAUCUCGAAGCGUAUCACUCUUGGAAAAACAUGUUCCGUCUUUGGAUUGUAGCUCUCUUGGCAAAACAGAUGCUUUGAAGAGCAGAUUUACCGAACAGUUUGAUUUGAACCGGUCCAUAACCUCCCUCGGAUCCGUCGCAAUGAGCGAUGGAGUGACGUCGCCGCGCAAAGUCAGUAUUGGAUGGAUGUCGGGAGGGCGACGUCUUGGCUAUGGAUAUACUGUAGUAGAUGGAGACAGGGACGAAACUGCUGAGAAAGACUCCGGCAAAGCAUCGUCGACACGAUGGGAAACGCCGACCAAACCCCACAUUGCGCAUAUUAUUGAUCGUUUGAGAGUUUCCCGCUGGUCUGGCGCAACUGCUCUCAUCAGGCCUUCAGAUGCCAGCAACUCUGCGAGUUGUGACUCUGUCGUCAAUUCUCGCACCUGGCGUAGGUUCGCAGAUCGAAGAAAGAAUCACGCCGACGCUCAAAUGUCUGAUAACCGAAGAGUUCUAUGGAGUCAGAAGCCUGAAAAUUGCUCAAGCGACUGUGUGAGCGAGCGUCAUGCAUUGGGGCAGUGUGCGCCAGCCUUCAAUGAGAGUCUCCGAGACAGUUCGAUGGAAUCUGCGAGAGAACUACAGUCAUCACAAAGCCUACGAAUGGAACAGCACAAUCCUAAGCAUAAAGGACAUAGGCAUACAAUGACAACAACCAAUCCUAGCUGUGAAUACGCCAUUGGUCGGAAGAAGGGAGCACAAACCAUGAAAUUGAGGUCUCCUAGUCGUAAGAGAUGCCGCGAUACUGCGAGCGAUGGUGGGUCAAUGUCUUCGUCACAGCAUACUGUGAAGGAAGAGAAUUCAUACAGUACUUCCCAAGACAAAGAAGGAUGCAUAAUAUCACAAUAUGCUCUCGAACGACCCAAUGUCCAGCACUCCCAUGCGGACAAUGAGGGACCCCUCCAAUGCGAUGACCAGGAAACAACCCUCGAUGAUUGGGCUAGCAUGUACCAAGACUGCCUCGAAUUGUAUUCUGACCCAUAG